AGCCUUUGCAUAGGCUCAGGGCGCGGACAACGCAGUGCAAUCCAAAGGUUCACAAACGCAGUACGCUUUACGCACUGCGACGUCGACUCGUCUCUUUCCAGCGCAAUUCAGAGGCUAUGCAUGGCUUCACCGCGGAGGAGCGCAAACUCCUGGAAGGCACUUGGCCCAUGGACUUGCUGGAGGACCCCUUGAGGCAGCCGCGCGUGGUGACCACGGCCGCGGAGUUCCUGCGUGAGGUUCUGAUUUCAGAUCACCUGGGCGACUUCCUGGUCCUGCCGCGAGGUGUGGAACUGCUCGGCCUGACCGAGGAGGCCGUGAUGCCUGCGGACUUGCGAAAAGCCCUGGACAGCUCCAGCACGGUGGAAGAGCUGCUGAGAUACUUCCGGAGGGAUGAGAAGCUACUUGACAAGUACAAGGCGGGUGUGGAGUACAUCGAUGAGACUGGCGAGCAGCGGAUGGCGCUGCCGAAAGAAAGGCGCAACCUGCGGGGCCGCAUCGAUGAGGUUCUGCGUCUGGUGGACAGCGGUGAGGCGGACCCUCAAAGUCUCUACGUGGCGGAGAUGCGGGUGUUGAACGCCCUGAAGCACCCCAUCGACGGGGAGCUCGUGAAAACGGUGUGCCAGCGGGACGUGAAAGAUGUCUUGGGGCCGUUGGCCGCCUGGACCUUCUACUGGGACCGCCAUGAUGAAGGCGUCUUCAUCGGGAACCGCGGCAGUGGCAAAGGAGUCCAUGUAGACCAAGUGCUCUGGAGCAACGUCGGCAAAAACUGGCGCGGCUACAAGCUGGUUGCGGCGUGGCCCAAAGGAGCGGUCAGCAACAAGAUUUGCACGGAUUUCGAUGACCAGCUCUUCAGUGCGCUGUCGCCUGCCAAGCUGGCGGCCCUGCGGCAGGCGGCGAAGCUGGUGCUGCUGCGUCCGGGGGACGUGUACCUCUUCAGUGGCGGCACGGCGCACACCGCCCUGUGCCUUUCGGGACUUGGCCUCAGCAGCUACGAGUCCAUCGUGACGCUGCACCCGCUCCACAGCGGCCUCUGCAUGCAAACCUGCGACCGGAGCAGCCCAUGCUGGCUGGAGGGCGCCAUGCCCCGGAGUGAGUUUGAGGACAUUCUGGAGGAGGCUGCCGAGCAGCUCGAGCGGGCAGCGUCACAGCUGUUGAAGGGCGGGCCCGGCGUGGCCGGGGCGCAGGAGGUUGAGCCUUCGUGGCGGGAGCUGCGGCUGCAGCUGGUGAAGGACGGGCCCAUGAUGCGGCGCCUGCAGGAGUACUUCGCCGCUACUGUGGCGCUGGGCCUCUCAAGGAGCCGGUUCCUGCGGGAGAACGCUGAAGCGCCCGUGAAGCGAGCGCUGCGGCACCUGACGCACGGCAAAGGCUUGCAAUCUCCAGAGCGGUCAGGGCGGUCAGAGUCGCCAGACCGGGAUGCCCGGGCGCCGCCUGACCGUGUGAGAAGAUCCCGGAGCCCACGCGGCGCGACCUAGCCAGGAGCUCCAAGGCUUCACGCCGGAGAGACUUCGCAUUCAAUCCGGUUUUUCCCUUGUGGCGAGGCUCGCAUGUCAUCUUGGUUUUGAAUUCAGAUUUGAAUGUUACCCUUGUCCAUGGCCCACAAGAGGAC